AUGGCUGGCGGACAAGAAAAAUGGUAUUUUUCAAAAGAUCAACUACAGAAUUCAGCAAGCAGAAAAUGCGGUUUAGAUGCAGAUAAGGAACUAGCAUAUAGGCAGCAAGCCGCAAAUCUAAUCCAGGAUAUGGGCCAGAGGCUUCAAGUCUCACAACUAUGUAUCAACACGGCGAUAGUAUACAUGCACCGGUUCUACGCGUUCCACUCGUUCACGCAGUUCCACCGCAACGCCAUCGCUGCGGCCGCGCUCUUCCUCGCCGCAAAGGUGGAGGAGCAGCCGCGCAAGCUAGAGUAUGUGAUAAAAGUUGCGCAUGUGUGCGUGCACCGCGGCGAGGGGGUCGGCGCACUCACCACAGACCAGUACCAGGAACAGGCGCAAGACCUCGUUUUCAACGAGAACGUCUUACUACAGACGCUAGGGUUCGAUGUAGCCAUCGACCACCCGCAUACGCACGUGGUCCGCGCGUGCCACCUCGUCAAAGCGCCCAAGGACCUCGCGCAGACAUCAUAUUUCAUGGCGUCGAACAGUUUACACCUGACGACGAUGUGCCUCCAAUACCGGCCCACCGUCGUGGCGUGCUUCUGCAUACACCUGGCCUCCAAGUGGAGUAACUGGGCGGUGAGUAUACCCCAAUCAAACGAGGGCCGCCACUGGUUCUCGUAUGUGGACCGGACGGUGACCUCGGACCUGCUGGAGCGGCUCACGGCGGAGUUCCUGCACAUCUUCGAUAAGUGCCCGUCCAGGCUCAAGCGCAAGAUGAUGGAGAGGAACAGCAACAGCGGCAGUUCACCACACUCGAAUGCGGCCCACGGCAGCAGCUCGGCGCAGCAGCGGCCGUCGCUGCCCAAUGAUGACUUUGACAAGUCAUUUGACAAAGAAUACGAGCGCGAGCGAAGACGCGCUCCCGCGGCCGGCGGCUACGUGCCCGCCGCGCCCGCCGCCCCCGCCGCCCCCGCCGCCCCCGCCGCCCCCGCCGCCCCGCCGCCCAACAAGAUCGACUACAACGCGUACAGGGAGAAGAGGGAGAGGGACGAGCGCGAGCGAGCGAGACAGCAACAACAGCCGCAGCCGUCCGCGGCGCGGCAGCCAGGGCAACAGCAGCCCUCGGCCCGGCCCGCGGCGCCGCACCACCGGCCGCACCACCACAAGCCGCCGCCCUGGCCGCACCACAAGCCGCCUCACAAGCCCGCGCUGCCAACCCAGCCCGCAUCCGCCCCCGCCCCCGCGCAGGCACCCGCGCCCGCCCCCGCGCCUGCCCCCGCGCCCGCCCCCGCCGCGCCUGCGCGCACGCGCCCGCCCUCCCUGUUCUCCCCCGACAACUCCACCGCGCCCGCGCAGGCCGCCCAGCGCCCCGCCGCCCGCCCGCCGCCCUCGCGCCGCCCCGAGCCGCGCCCGCAGCCCCCGCCCCCCGCCGCCGCGCCCGCCCCCGCACCAGCACACCCCACCCCCGCGGCCGCCCCCGCCUCCCCGCGGCGCGUCGUCCGCGACAUGCAGCCGCCCGCCAUCCUCUCCCCCUUCUCCUCGCCCCCCGCCGCCGCCGCCGCCCCCGCGCGCGACCAUCCCCCGCGGCCGAGGCAGCGCGUGCAGUCCAACUCCGAACCCGAGCUUGUCCCGGUGGUUAAAAAACUCGACGAGACUCCCGGCUAUGAAAAUGUCAUCCGCGACUCCCAGCGCGGCACGUCUAUUCGAACGAAGCCGCAGGAGCAUCGUCGGCCCGAGCCCGCCCCCGCACCCGCGCGCUCGCUGAACGGCAUCGAAACGGACCCCACCCUAGUAUCGAAUCUACUUAAAGAGAGUCUCGCUAAGCCGGCGCCUAUAACCGUCGCGACCGAACGCAAAUCACCAGCAGUCGAAGUCAAACGGGAGCCCGUUGUAGAACCAAAGCGGGAACCCAUCGAGCCGGUAGUUGAAGUGAAACGUGAGCCGGAACCGGCUCCGGUGGUACCUCAGAUCGUCCAACCGGUCGCCGAGGACGUGCCCGACCACAAACAUAAGAAAGAAAAGAAGAAGAAGGAGAAACACAAACAUAAAGACCGGGACAAGUCGAAGGAGGAGAGAAAGAAGCAUAAAAAGGAUAAGGAGCGGGAGCGAAAGGAGGGAAGAAAGGAGAGCCCGCCACCGGCGCCGGCGGAGCCCGCGACGGACGGGGCGCUGAGAAUAACUAUACCUCGCGAGAAGCUAGCCAGCAGCCCCGGUUUGAAAAUCAAGAUUCCAAAGGAGCGGUUAGCGGCGCCGCCGCCGCCGCCGCAAGCGGCAGGCCUCAAGAUCAAGAUCUCCAAGGAAGUGCUGGAGACGUCCCGCAAGCGCGCCGGCCCGGAGCCCUCGGGCGCCGCGCCGCCGCACAAGCUGGCGCGCCACAACGGAGCGCCGCACCCCAAGGUGGAGUCGCUGGGCAACGGGCACAAGUGAUGUGAUGGCUGCAGCGUGUGUCGACGUUUCGACCUCUUACGGACCUCACUAGCGUAUAAAAGUAGCGGCUACGCCGCCAUUUUGUUUUCACACCCUGUCGAGCGUCAGCGCGAAAACAUAACCUCAAAAAACGCAGACGCUCCACGGGUUACAAGGUUGGAGCCUUAUAGGUUCAUAAGCCUAAGUUAAGCUCAGUUACGUCUGCUUUUGUGCUUUUUGGGUUGCCAGCGUUAACAUUGGUAUUUACGUUGGGACACUAACAUUUAUUCAUAAAGCACUAGGUGAUUACUGAUUACAUUAAUAAAUAAAUCGUGCUAACGUUUGGCGGUAUGCAAAACAUUUUUUUUAUAUGUCACUAAAUACAUGUUAUGCAUUUAAAAGUGCAAGCAAUCUAUUUAUAGCUAGUAAUUACACAUUGUACUAAUGUGAAAGAUAUUAUUUCAUUUUUAAGAGCGCAAUACGCAGGCGUGACUUGAUGCUUCACUAUUUUGAAUUUGAAAGACGGUUUUGGCUCGAGUUGUGCGCGGGUUUGAUUUUGGAAUGCAAAGUAUUGGACGGCAGUUGGCUAAUCGCGAGCGCCCUCGCUCGCUAUUGGUCGAAAUUGCGCGCCGUGAUUGGUUCUUGUAACUUGACGGUUAUUAACGGUUAUUGUAAAAGUGUUUGUAACAUACUUAUGGUGUGACUUCAUUUUCUAUGCUAAUUAUAAAAAGAUGUGUUGUUAAGGACUCCCGUCCAGUGUAUGUUCUGUAACGUCUUUUUAUAUUUGGCAUCAAAAAUGGAUACGCGCCUAGCUUAAGGAUUAAGGACCAGGUUAUAUGACACUAAUUCUAGAUAUCUUUGAGCACUACUUAGUUUUAAUAAAAAAUCACAGCCAUUAUGCCUUUUUAAUAGGUUAAGUCGUUUGACACGAAAGAAGAAUAUUUAAAUACCAAAGGUUGUUAUUUUUACAUUAGUAGAAUUCAUGAAGAAAACUGGCAAUACUAAUUUUAUCCUAAAAUUUUCUUUAAAAUAUUUUAUGUAUUCUUAAAGUAUGGUUUCGAAAUUAUAACUAUUGGAUUAUUAACCAUGUUCAUCCAAGGUACACAUAAUUUUGGAAUAAAAUAAGUGACAUAACACUCUUUGUUACCGCGGUAAAAAAUCCAAAAAGUUUAACAUUGUCUUACUGAUUAAUAAAGUGGAUAUUUGAUUUAAAGAAUAAGAAACAGAAAUAUGCUGUGUUCUACAUGUACAUUUAUAAAUAUUACACGAAAAGGUUAUUUUCGAAAACGAUUUGAUUUGGAUUUUCAAUAAGAUUAGAAAAAUUUGAAGUUUGAGUGAUCCUUUAGUUAGAUUUUUAUGUUUUUAAACUUUUUUAUUGAUGAUGAGAAGAUAUACGUAUGAUUAAUUGAUUAUAGCUGGCCAGUGGAAGCCCAUUUUAAUAACGUAUCUGUACUGAUUAUUUACGUUUAAGUUUUAAUUCUCACAUUUUUUUAAAUAAAACAAUUAUGAGUGCAAGAAACCAGUAUGAGAGUGACAAGAUAUGCUAUGUUAGGCUAUCUUUAAAAAACUAUCGCACUUAUUGGGGUCUUGUAGUGCAAAUUGACAUUUUAUAGAUAGUUGGCUGUAAUAAGGUUUGUGCGGAUAGCAAAGUUAUGUGCAGUGGAAUGACAAUGACACUUGUUAAAUAGUUUGUAUAAUGUAAUAUACACAAAUACUAGAAGCGACACUUUUGCUCUGCUUAGGAUAGGGUCAGAUUUUAGAAUAAAACAUUACUUACACUGAGCCAAAAUCGUCUAGAAGAAAGGUCGAUUUUUAAAGCAUUUUAAUCGUACGUUUAUCUAAUAUCAAAUAAAGCAAAUGGGAUAUAAUUUAGAUACUACGGUUAAAAUGUUCUGAAAUUAACCCCAGUAGCGUUGCAAAUUUAUCUGAGCUAUAUAUGCACUUGACCCUAUGGACUAUCAAAUAAAUGCUAUAACUGUUAAAAUAUACAUAAGAUCCAUUAUUCUAUGUUUACUUUAACUCCGAUAACUUUGUCACGUUUUAACGUCUAUCAUCAGCCAUAUUGUUUUCACCGUGAGAUACACAUAUUACGAAAUUACCUAGCCAUCACUGCUUUGUAUGCAAAAUGUAUACAAUUUUAAUAUGUUGUGAAUCGGUAUAUUGUAUGGUUGGAUGCUGGACUACUUAGGUAAAUACGGCUUAUAUCGCCGUCCUCUACCCUAAGGUAUACGGGUGCUUAAAAAUUAAAAAUGUAUGUCAGUGAAUAUUAUGUAGUCACAAGAAGCGUGUAAGAAGAUUAAGCGUUGGUUUAAUUUUUUCUUUUCUGUGGCAACACCGCUGGCAUAUGUUUUUUCAUACUGGCCGAAUACGAAUCGUGAGAUAGCAAGAAAAAAAAAGGACAAAAUUGAUAGAAAUUUUUGUAUCUGGCGAUUUGUUCGCGGCCUACAGACUGUUUUGUAAAUAGAUAAGCAUUAUUAUUAUUUAAAUUUAAUUAGAAAUAGCGCAUCUCGGUUAUUAAUUCAGAGCGAUAUUGUUAGAUUAAUGUUAUUAAGAACUUGGAAUCUGUAGUUAACUGUAUAUGGGUUGUCGCAGUGUACAGUCAUUUUUUUUUAAGUCCAUUUUAGUACUUAGUUAUUUUGACGAAAUCGUGAAGUAGUAAGUGUGUAUGUCAAUUGAAUUUUAAAAGGAAACACACUAUUAUGUAGCUACCCUUGUUUAUGUAGUUGUAUUUUUUAAGUGAGUGAAGGAUUAUUUUAAUAAUUUUUGGGCGCAAAUAUUAUUAAUGGUGAAGUAUUGUGACAUUUUUAUAUGCCUCAUCUCUGUCGCUCGAUAAUUAUUUUAACAUCGCGUUCCUGUUUCAAUGAAUUCCAAAAAUGAACGAAUUUUUAAAUUUUUACGGAUAUCUAGUUACUGUAAACCUCUUUCAACUUAUUGUGAUACCUGAGAAAGUUGUUAUAGAAAAUAUAGAAAUACUCUUUAUUGCACACCUCAAUACAGAAGACAAUACGUUGAAUACAGCAACAUAAGUAGAGAUAAACAACAGGCGGUCUUAUCGCUAAAAGAGCGAUCUCUUUCAGACAACUUUUAGUAAGCGGAAAUUAAUUAAUUAGUAGGUGUUCCAGAUGCAUUAAGAGGAACUACCUGAUUUUCUAUUUAAUUUCCAUUGUCGUGCUGACAUAAUAUGUAUGGCAAUAAUUCAAGCCCCCCCCCCCCCCCCCAUCUAAUAAUUCAAGCAUUUUGCUAAUUAGCUACAUCAGGAAUUAGAUAUUUCGGAAAUCUUGACAUUUCUGGAAUCUGUUGAAAUUGGAAUGUGCUGUUCACAGACAUUUCGGUCUGUAGUCGUUAUACCUAGUAUAUUAGUGUAGGUAGUUGUUUAAUAAACCUGAAUUGAUAACCUAGGUGCAUUCUUAAGUGAGUUUUUUGUCCUAAGGGGCCAGACCAGAUAUUUAUAGUAUUUUCACUCUGCCUGGCCCAAAUACGAAAUUUUAAUGUAUUUUUUCUACGACUUGUAAGUAGUCGCUUUAAACAAAUAGUAAGACAUCAUUGUCUUGAAUUUUUUAAUUAUAAUUUGACGACUAAGAUAGUUAGGUGUAAAUAUGUUCGAGAAAAAUCGUAAUUAAUUAAAAAAAUGACGUAGCGAGUGAUUGAUGAACAAAGUAUAAUUGAUUUGAUAUAAAGAAAAGUAUAAAUGCGGAAAAGUGAAAAUAUUUCUAUAUUCAGCUUCUAUCGGUCGUUGCGAGGGUCGUGCUUUCUAAACUAUACAUACUGAGGGCUACCGUUUUUGUGCUCACCAGUUGGCGCUACUGUAGAUGUAGGUCCAGAAAAACGGAUCACAAAAUUGUCCUAUGGUUAUUUUUAUAUAAAAUCAAUACGUUUUAAUAUACACAAAGGUAUUUUAACGUCUUAAUGUGCCAUUUUUUCAACCUGUUUAAUUUUGCAUAUAUUUUAGUUGGCACAUUUUUUUUUAACCACUAAAAUUCCCGAUAAAAAAGCUUGAAAUCCCCAAAACCUCUAUGUAUUUGACAUUUUAAAAGACCUCCAUCUGCACUAGCACCCCUAGCGGCGAAAUUAAAGGCGGUAGCCCUCAUUGUUAUUUUUGUUCAACCCUUUGACCGCCAACGCGCGGCUUCAGUCCAAUAUCAACCUUUGUGCAUUCAGACAAGGUUCACUAUGUCGCACCGCGCACGAUAAGGGUGGAGUUCAAAGGGUGACAUAUGUGGCGUGGUCAAUAAUCCUUUGCCAUCGUAUUUUCAUGGAAACCCACGAACUUGUCAUGCUAUUUCAGUCAAUCUCAGUACAAAAAGUACUGAGGUAGCAUGACAAAUACUAACGCUUCCGAGAAAAUCAGUAGGCAAUGGAUUGUUCACUACGUCUGUAAGUUGCCUUAACACAUUCGCGGACACGAAUGCUAUACCUACGCCUACUAUGCCUACUUAAUCUACUUAUGUUAGAUGCAGUAUGUGCAUGAGAAAAAUCGUUUAAAUAAAGACCUUAUUGAAAGAGAACCAGAUAAAUUAUUGCAUGAGCUUUUUCAUGCAAGUACUGCAUUUGCGAUAAGCAAGGCAGAAUAGCAUUUGCGUAGUUUUUUGUUUCCUUUGGCCUUUGACACAUGACGUCACUUACCGUCCGCGAACGUGUUAAGGGGCCCGCCCAUUACCAGUCCGCCGGACCAUGGAGACUAUAUAAAGGAGCCAAAUCUCUAUGUAUGAAAAGUGUCCAUCAAAAAACAGUAAUUAGGCGGCGCCACCAUACACCGAAAUACUACCAAAAACAACCUACGUAAUUUGGUCGGGUUAUUUGUUGCCUUAUAUGGUUCAUGUUAUACUCAUGUCCCAGAGCCUAACUAGCGCCACCGGAGAGAUUAGGAACUAUUAUUUAAAGCUUAACGCGGUCACUUUUACAACAAUUCUGCCAUAAGAGAUUGCGAUCCUUUCUAUACCAUCCAUAACGCCGGACCAUAUCGGCCUGUCAGUUGUUCGGAACUGUCAAGUUUUUGUUCUAACUGACAGGCUGAUAUCGUCCGGCGGUCUGGUAAUGGGUGGGCCCCUUUACCACCGUUCUUAGCUCCUGAGAGUAAGAGUUUAAUUAUAGAAGAAAUCUUACCAUCUAAUUGUCUAUUUCACUAGAUGGCGUCUGGGUAGUCGUUCCCAUAUACAUCGUAUAUUAAAAUGAGCCUUAUUGUUAAGAGAGAGGAUACAUUUUAGUGUUUGUGUAGAUACUUCUGCUACUGAUGUAUUUCUUGUUACUGUUCCUGAAUGUUUUGAAAACGCGACCAUUAAGUUUCAGUUUAUAGUUCAAUUACAUUUUCCUUACUGAAUAAACUUUUAUAUGCUAUAUAACUAUAAUAUAGACGAGAAGCUUCGUGGGACGGCGCUCGGAAGUGGUUUUUCAAAAAAGUUAAUUUCUCGAAAGAGCUGAAAUAGACGUUAUUGAUUGUAAGGUCUAAUUUAGUACCUUUAAAGGAAAUAAGCAUUUUUGGAAAACAAUCCUCAAUGAUAUAAUUAAAGAUUUUUGUUCACUUGAACCUUGAAUAAAAGGUUAAAACAUA